AUGGUUGAGCUCAUGCUAAGAUACAUGGGCGACAUGGACCAAGAGCUGGUCAUGACCAGAGGCAUAUCGGCACAGACAAACCGCACCAGGCGGCGACGCGGCCUGACCAUGCCCCGGCCACAGACCCCACUGCCUCGCCCUUCUACCAUGUCUGCACUCCCCAGUCCGCCGCCAAUUGAAUCAUUUUGGUCGAAUUCCAUGCGGUCUUCAAAACCGCUCUCCUCGCCAUCCAUCCCGCUGCGCAUGCUGCUGCCCUCAAAUGCGCCCACGUUCAAAUUCAGAACAGAGAGUUACUUAAUGGCAAGCUCGGUCCCAACAUCGCCCACAUUCGGAUCAAAGGAGUUGGUAUUCUCGGAUGCACAUGUCGAGUAUGUAGGUGGGGACUGCGUUAUUCAUAAUGGUAUGCAGAUGGUCGAUAUUACUUUGGAGUUUGCUGCGCAAAGGGCUGCUCCAAAAUUGUUAUUGUCCAUGUCUGCGGAAUCACUGUUUAAGGAUGACUGUGACGAUUGGCUGGAGGAGCGGGAACAAGGACUGCGUCCGCGCGAUUUCUGA